UUUCGGAAGGUUGAGAGGGAGAUUAGUCGAAAUGCCACCCGAGAUUGGUGCUAGGUAAACUGGAAGAACGUGUCCUGUUCUAUCCUGUCCUGUCAUAGUGCUCGUAUGACUACGAAAUUUCUCUGGUGUGCGAACGAGGACAGGGUAAAACCUCGGUCGUCGAAAACAGUGAUCGAAAGAUGGAUAAUUGAAGGGGCGACAGUGCAAUGCUACGUAAUCUUGGGCAAUAAUCGUGCAUUCGGUCCGAGAAACCACGCGUCACAAUUCAUUUUAUUCCGUUCAACUUUAAAAUUGCGAGUUUGAAAGUGCAUAGAUAACUGAAGUGACGCUCGUCGUUCGGAAGUUCGAGCAAGGAUGUGGAAUAAAAUGAUUAAGAAUGGAGCCUUAUCGAAGUCAUAGCAAGGUAAACGACGAGAUCUACGAUCUCCGUCGCGUACAACAGAAUAACGAUAAAAUUGAGAUCAGGGAAGACCAGGAACGAGUUCUGCAGGUUUUUAAUAAUCGUCACGACACAAUGGAGUACGUGUCCGACUGCAGCAAUGAAAGUUACAAGGAGUCGCGAAGAAAUCAAAUUGAACGGAAGAAUUCGUCUCCGAUCGCAGUGUCCAGUGCGUUCACGAUUGACAAUAUUCUCGGCAAGCAUGAUGAGAGGGAUGCCGAAGUGUCAUCCAGUUUUAAUCAUUCCGAGGACAAGGACGAGGAGCAAGACGACAGGGACGAGAAGCUUGAAGAAAGGCAAUUUAUUAAACCAACAGCGAUACCAGCUACGCAUUCAGAUAUGGGACUAUACGCGCCAACGGGUUUAUCAUAUUCAGAAGUUACGUUUUCAGAUCCGACUGGAUAUUCAGCAACAUCUUUCGCUUCUGCGUCCCUUUUGUACAAUAGUUGGUUCGCCCAGACGAAGCCCGGCCAAUUAUUUGGCCUGCAAGCGCCGAAACCGAGCGGCAGACGGUCCAGGAAGCCCGGCAUCGAUCGAAAACCACGACAAGCUUACAGCGCGAAACAAUUGGAGAGGCUGGAGGCGGAGUUUAAGAUCGACAAAUAUUUGAGCGUGAGCAAAAGAAUGGAGCUGUCGAAAUCUCUAAAUCUGACGGAAGUGCAGAUCAAGACAUGGUUCCAAAACCGGCGAACCAAGUGGAAGAAGCAGCUUACCUCUCGGUUGAAAAUCGCUCAGAGACAAGGGCUCUUCCCUCCCCCGUAUUUUCCACCCACGCAGUAUCCCCUCUUGCCAUAUUACACGUCGCCCCUCGUGUUUGGGAACCCAACAUCGGAUGACGCCAACGCGAGCGUGGCAACGAUACCGUCACGGCCUGCGGUAUCGUCGCCGGAUACGGCCUGAACGAAUAUCAAUUUAGACUACUUAGCCGACCGUGAAUCGCGUGACGUUAAAAAGUGUAUUCGAAAUGUGACUGUACCGUGGAAAAUAAUUGUUUUCAUUGAAACAGACUGAACCGACCCUAAUUUAAUCGUUUCAAUUUGACGAAUGUCUACGUGAAAUGUGAAUACUAAGUUACCAGAAACGUAUGAGGUACACGUAUUAUACAGUAUGGACAUUAUAGGUAUGUAUAUAAACAACAGCGACGAUAACCGUAAAUUAAUUGCUAUUGCUUCCGUGAAUCCAUUUGUUGAAUGUUGAAUACGCGGCAAAUGAGCAGUCUGAAGCUGCCGAUAAAGAUUUCACGAUCGUAAUCCUUUAUUAAUGCGAAAUUAUUUGUAUUAUACAUUGGGUUGGCAACUAAGUA